GAAAUUAAAUAAGUGUAGUAACAUUUGUACUCUGAAAUGGAUCGCUGGGUCGGAAAGAUCGCUAUUGUCAGUGGAGUCAGUUCUGGAAUCGGCGAGCUGCUCGCUAGAGAGUUAGUUUCUGCUGGUGUUGACGUUCUGGGACUCGCUCGCCGUGAAAACAAACUUCAAGAAUUAUCGAAGAGUUUAAAGAAUACAAAAGGCGCUUUUCAUUACUUAAAAUGUGAUGUGCGCAAUGAGCAAGAUAUAGUUGACGCUUUCGCGUAUGUAGAAAAAAAUUUUGGCCGUCUCGAUAUUUUGAUAAACAAUGCCGCUGUUUUGAUUGAUAACUCUUUUGAGAAUGGAAAAACGGAAGAUUAUCGUUCACUUUUAGAAACAAAUGUUCUUGCGCCAGCUCUUUUCAUCCGCGAAGCCUUAAAAUUAAUUCGCAAGCACAAAAAUGAUGCUUAUAUUGUCAACAUCAACAGCAUUUGUGGUCUGAAUGCAACGGUAGUAGAUUUGCCGAUGGGUUUGUACCCAGCAAGUAAAUUUGCUAUGACUGCAAUGAAUGAGACAUUGAAAAAAGAAAUUAAAGAUAACAAUGAUAAAAUUCGUGUAACUGCAAUUCAUCCUGGAGUAACAGGUACGGAACUCUUUUUUUCAUCAGAGCUUCACCGUAAUAUAUAUAAUAUCACGCCUUGUUUGAAGCCUAAGAACGUGGUUGAUUGUAUAAUGUUCGCUUUAUCAGCUCCACCUCAUGUCCAAAUUGACGAGCUUGUUGUCACUGGAGUUGCAACCAAAAAGUAAAAUUAAUAAAAAUUCAUCAGUAAUAAAAAAUAAAAUUCUUUUCUUUAUUCACGGCCGAAAGCACGUACUUGCUACUUCUGUUGGGAAUCAGAAAGACCGACAUUUAUGCUUUGGUAGGGGCGCGCAUGCGUGCUGCUCUAGUGCGCUGGAAGAAACUAGUUGUGCACUGAAUUGAUGUACGAGGCAGCGAAAAAAAAGUAUUCACCAGAGCUGACGCGGUUUAUUGUGCACUCAGGCCUAACCUUAAAAUUGCUUUUGUGGGUUCUUAUGUCGUUGUGUGUUGAAAUUUAUAAUCUAAAAAAUUAUAUCGAGUGAAAAAUAAUAAAAAUUUUUAAAAAUGAA